AUGGCAAACAAAACCCUCCCCUUUACAUGCGCCCUAGUGACCGGCGGCGGCGGUGGCAUUGGCAAAGCAUUGGCCUCAUGCCUAACCUCAAAAGGUAUCAAAGUCCUCAUCGCCGGCCGCACCGAAUCCAAACUCCAAACCGCCGUCCAAGAGACAGGCGCGGCGAGCUACUACACCCUUGACACGGGAGAUAUUAACGCCAUCCCAUCAUUUAUCACCAAGAUAACAACAGACCAACCCGACCUUGACUGCCUAUUCAACAGCGCAGGCAUCCAACGCCCGCUUGAGAUCAACAAACUACCCGUCGAGGAGUUUCUCAGUAAAGCAGACCAAGAAAUCAACAUCAACGUCCGCGGACCCAUGCAUCUAACCCUCGGCCUCCUCGAGCAUUUCCGCACACAACACCAUGCUGCAAUCAUCAACGUUUCCUCCGUCCUAGGCUUUGUUCCCUUCUCAAUAAUAAACCCCGUCUACAACGCGACAAAAGCAUGGAUGCAUUUCUGGUCCAUGAAUCUGCGCACGCAGAUUAAUUGGGCUGGAGAUGGGGACAGGAUCAGAGUCAUUGAGAUUGCGCCACCGGGUGUGGAGAGCGAUUUGCAUCGCGAGUGCGAGGAUCCAGAUGAUAAUAAGAAGAGUAAGAACAAGAGUGUUCUGAGUAUGGAGGAGUUUAUGGGGGAGGUUGAGGAGAAGUUAGAGAGAGGGGAGGAGGUUAUUACGGCUGGAAUGGGGAAUGAGUUGGUGGAAUAG